GAGGCCAUGUACCCCAUAGACCUUCCAGCUGUGGAUGACACAGACCUGACAUCAGCAUCUGAACACUACCUCUCCUCUCUGGAGUCCAGAUCUCGUAAUAAUCAAGAGUUUCAGUCAUCGCAGAUGUCAAAGGUACCAUAACACUUGGAAUGUCCCCACUUUUUCCCCUCAUGGUGGUUUAUCUUACAUCUUAAUUACCUCUAAUUACUGUUAACAGAUGGGAGCACGAUGGAGGCAGCUCUGUAAACAUCUGCAACAAUUCUUGACACUGGUUUUGUUGGAGAUUAAUCUUUUUAUUGCCAUUUUGUUUGACGUUAGAGAAAGACGAGUAUGUUUUGGAGAAAAGUUGUGGUGUUUGUUGCCACACUGGAGUCUCAGGUCAGGGAGUGCAGACGGAGUGCGUGAAGUCGUCUUCCUGUCUGCUCAGGUAGCGAUAACAGGAAACAAUAUAAGGCGGCUGCAGCUGUUUGAAGAUGACCAACCUGAUUGUACACUGCUGGCGCUUCACCCGCAUGAUGAUCCAACGCAAGUGGUGGCUGUGUACCUGCAUGAGGAGUGGUGGCGUGUGGAUGACGUCCUGCGAACGUCCAGCAAAUCCAGAAGUGGCUUGAUGCCGGUGCAGUCAAUGAUGGAGAGGGUGAUUGUGUUCCUGCUCAGUCAGGUAGUGGACAGGUCCUCAGAGGACGAGGCAUUGUUCUCCCCGCACCCCCGCACUGAGAGCUGCAAGCUGCUGUGGAGAGACGGCCAGGUGAUCGGCUUCUACACCGUCAAACACAAAGGCAGCCUGUGUGACAGCUGGAGCAGUCAUGGCUACCUGCUGCCUGUCCUGGACACGGUGCUGGUGAGGAAGAGCUGGAGGAGGAGAGGCUUUGGCCUUCACAUGCUGGAGGAUUUCUGCUCCUCGUUCCCCACCGAGACGUUUCUGGGACUCAGCUCUCCAUUAUCACCCAGCAUGGUGGCAGGCUGUGCGUGUGUGUUUGUGUCUCCUGUGUAUUCAGUGUGCAGGAGGUUCCUGCAGCAGCACGAGGAGCAUCGGGAGCGUCUGUAUGAGGUGGAGGCUCCGGGGGGCUGGACUCAACGAAGAAACAUCUGGCUCAACAUCCAGCUGGGCCGCUACUCCCUCAGCAUUAAUGAGGAGAGCAGGCCAACAUCAGGAGGAACACAGAGGAACGAAGGAGGCGGCUCCUCUCAGAAGAUCCAGACUUACAAUCGUAAGCUGGAGCCGGCCUCAUUCAGCACCUGCCAUGUGAACACUCCGCUGGUAACAGGCCCUUCUAAAGAACAAAUUAAACCUUGUGAUCCAAGCCAAGGAGGAGGCUCCCCAAGCAGCAAGAUCUCUGGAACAGGAUGUAGCUCUGCAGCCCACGCCAGUGAUCUGGACUCCGGACCUCCCACCAGACCACAGUCCCUAAACACAAAACAAGCACCGAUAUCCAAAACCUCUGUAUGUGCAGAGGCUUGCAGAGAGAAGCCAGAGGCAGAGGAAACGCAAAGGAGGGCCAAACGAGUCAGAAGGACAUGAGUUAGAUCACGGAUGUAUAGACACAGGCAUUAUGUGCUACACCAGCCAUCAGAAGGAACGCUUCAUACAGAUUAAGUGGAUGCUGCAUCCACCUAAACUUAGGUGACCUUUAUACUGUAUUUAUGUUAUGAAGUGCACAGACCUUUUCAGAUUAAUAUAUGAAUAAAUUAAUAAUAGUACAAUUAAUACUAUCACUUAGUUAUUCUGUCUGGCCUCUUCUCUGGACCGGCUGUGGCUGUACAAACUACACUCAAGAACAUCUCCAUCACUCUCGUGUUAUCUUUGUUUGGGCAGGACAAAUCACACCUUUAUCAUUCUUAUUGGUGCAUAGAGUUUGGUGACCUCAAAUAAUUCCUAGCUGGCUCCACCUGCCUUAAAUCAAAUCAAUCAAGCCAUUCAUGAAUUAUGUGUAUAUCAUCGAAUGUAGCAUGGAGUUUAAAAAACAUCUUGAAAGUGGACAGUAUGUCUUUGUAAUCAAUCAAUGUAAACAAUCUUAUCUAACUCUGAAUAUGCAUAUUUCCCAAAAUAUUAAACUGUUUGGAUACAAAUGUAUAUAACUGAUAUAAAGCAUGA